AUGAGGCGCCACAUUCGGAUUGCCUUACGCGACAGUGGCAAGGGUUGGUUUAACAUUUACGAGACCGACUACUACGUAUACACCAAUUCAAAGUUGAAGCGGUUCCUAAAUAUGAUAAAGUACUGUAUGCAAGACGCCCUACGCUACCUCGUGAUGGAUUCUAUAGGCGGAUUCGUUAAGAUGGUGGAAGACGCCUGCUUCACUUGCAUCAAGUUGACGAACGGUUACGAGUGGACAAAUGAUCUGCGUACGAGCAGCAUCCUACCCAAGAAGAACGCUCUCUUCCUUGUCGACCUGGUAAUUGAUAAGGACGGAGUUCACUACAGCACGCUAUUGGGCCAGUUCGAGAAGAUUCUUUGGGGUCUCUUCGACAAGGCCAUAAAAUCAAUCCAAAACAUUUCACAGGUGGAGAGGUUUGUGGUCGAGGGCAUCAGCUGGUCGGACAAUCCUCUGCUUGAAGCUGUAGGUGCCCACGAACCGGAUGUUGAGAAAUUGCGUGCGAAGCUGCGGUCCUGUCUGCAAGCAGCCAACAUUCCAAUGAUCGCCUAUGCUGAGAGAUACAAGGAAUAUAUUGAGCUAUCUGAGCUUGAUAUCACCCAUUAUAUCAAAGUUUACGAGACGCAAAAUCAGGGCGCCUUGGAGGUCAAGCAGGAAGUUGAGAGACAGUUGGAGGAGCAGCAAAAGAUUGAAGAUCGCAUGCCCUGCACCAUUGUGAUUGGUCCCUUCAUGACCUGCGAGACCUUCCAGGGAAUUGCCGCCAGGCUUUUUGAGAGACCCAAUACCAUUGAGGAAUUGACAGAACUCAGGGAAUACAUUGACAAUAUUCCCGAAACCAUGGAGGAACAGCAGGAAAACAUUGACAAGUGUUUGGCAGACUACGAUCUGAUUGAUGACUUCUACUAUAACAUCUCAAAUGACGAUUUCACUGCGAAGUAA